CCUGCACACCUGCGCAAACCGAAGACGGCCGCACACGAUGCGCCGCCUGCUGCCCCGGUAACCCGUGACGACACACUGGACCUCUGCACACUGCCCGGCAGCCUCCACGCGCGCCGCCAUGUCCACCAACGACGUCUACCUCGCCCUCCUGCGGCCGGCGGUGCUCGACAUAUUGCGCGCCGCUGGCUUCAACGGCGCAAAGCCCUCCGUCGUCGACACGGUCGUCGAUCUCACCGCGCGCUACCUCACCCUCCUCGCAUCUCGAACCGCCUACAACGCGUAUUCAAACCACAAUGACCUGGAACCCGAUGUCACCGACGUGCGCAUGGCCAUGCAGGACUGCGGCCUCCUCGUCCCGACGCUGACCACGGCGGAAGAGGUCUGGAAAGAGAUUCUGCGCAAGCCCCUCGAGGAAUAUGAAGAUGCCGGCGCGCGCGCAGAGGAGGAGAGGAGGCGUGAUCGCCAGGACACGGCUGAUGUCACGGCCUUCAUUGACUGGGUGCAAGGGAAGCAGAACGAGGACAUCAUGAGGAUAGCGGGCACACUGAAGCAAAAGGAUGCGCCCACCACAGCGCUUACCGCGCAAGAGGAACGAGACACACAGGAGAUGGAGGACUACCUCACCACGCUCAUGAAGAAGCACAGCAAGACUGGCGUCGACUCACGAUACCAAGGCACCCUUAUCGGCAAACCAGCUGAGCUCCGCCCCAUUAAGAUCGAGGGAGGCGCAGAAGAAUCCAUAGAAGAAUGGUGUCACAAAGUCCGGGAGAGGGCAGCCAAAGCCACCGUCACACCGCGUGAAAACGUCGAAAUGGAAGACUUAUCCGAUGCGAUCGAUUCUCGGGAAAACUCGCAGGACAUCGCCAUGGAGCUAUAGCGCCUUGCGCUCGAAUCCUGCCAGCAUAGCGAAGGCGUUACGAGGUCAUGGGAUGGCGCAUAUGGAGUUCUAGUUGGCUUGGGCGGAUUUGAAUUUGAACUUGGAUUUGGAUCGUGUUCAUCCGAAAAAAACGUCGCUGCAGUAGUAGGUGCCAUCUACUUGGCAUUGCGGAGCAUCCUUAAUUCGGGCGUCACUUGAGUGGUACCACGGCGAGACGCGUUAGGUCACGUCUUGUCGUCCUUAUCUUACGCAGUCAGUCGAAGCAGCGUUCGUGAAAGACGACUCCUGGACUGGCAGCAAUCGACCGUUCGAGUACAGUCAAAGAAACUGCUAUCCCAAAGUCACAUUUGCUGUACUCUUGGGCAUACAGUGAAUUCCAAAUUGAAAAAUGUCCAAGCGAUUCAAGCUUGAGUGCACGCAUGCAAUCUUCAGGUUGGUCCUGUCACUAAACAACGUGUCAUCGACAGCCUUACGUAAACUGGACAGGA